GUAUGUGUGAGUUCGCCGACGCCGUGAAUUCUUGGUUUUCCGAUUUACCAUUCACCUCCGACGGCGCAUCAUUUAUCUCCAUCUCCACUGUUUACAUGUUCGUGAAUUGCCUGUUUCUCAGUUAUAUUCAAUCUGGUGAAAACAAGAAUCUCCAAGCUCAGAGACACUGAGACUAGAUCCUCUGUUUCUGAGAACUUGCUUAUCAAAUUCUUGUUGCCUCAUCCAACCGAUUUGAACCAACCGGUCUAUUCCGGUUAUUGCCUCCCGAAGCAGAUCACAGAAUGUCAUGUUAGCUUUAGGUUAUGCCAAAGGAAUCGCUCAUCGAUUUCUCAGAAAUCCCAAAUGGACCUCUGGACUCUUCUUGCAUCACAAUCAGUCCCCUAAUUACUCCAUUUAUGUAAAGUCAAAACCUUUUCUACAAGUUCCAUGUAAAUCAGCUUCUUUUGAUGUUUUACAAGCUCAGAAACGGAAUCUAUUUGCGUAUGAUGGUUUGUUUAGUAGACGUUACUUGAGUAAUUCGACGGUAGAGCUAAGAACAGAUGAUAAUGUGGUUAGGUUUGCUUUCAAUAAUGUCACUGGUAGUGGUAACAAUGUUGUGCCUACAAGAAAAGAGAAGAAAUGGAAACGGGCUAAAAUGUCGAGAAAGGCUAAAGUGAAUGAGUUAAGGUUUUAUCGUCUUAAGGCGAAAAAGAAGAUGAAUUCUCCAAACCCUGAAGUCAGGAUUCGAUAUAAGCUUGAAAAGGCCAAGAGGAAAGAAGAAUGGUUGAUUGAGAAACUGAGGAAAUACGAUGUCCCGAAGUCACCAGCAGAGCCGUAUGAUCCAGAAAGUUUGACAGAGGAAGAGCAGCAUUACUUAAAACGUACAGGUGAAAAGAGAAAGAACUUUGUACUUGUCGGGAGACGAGGAGUGUUUGGAGGUGUGGUUCUGAAUUUGCACCUUCAUUGGAAAAAGCAUGAGACUGUUAAAGUUAUUUGCAAGCCCUGCAACAAACCCGGGCAGGUUCAUGAGUAUGCAGAAGAGCUUGCUCGGUUAAGUAAGGGCAUUGUGAUUGAUGUCAAACCUAACAACACCAUUGUAUUGUACCGCGGGAAAAACUAUGUAAGACCAGAAGUGAUGUCUCCUGUUGAUACCCUCUCUAAAGAUAAGGCUUUGGAGAAAUAUCGGUAUGAACAAUCGCUUGAACAUACGAGUGAGUUCAUAGAGAAGCUGGAGAAAGAGCUUGAGGAGUAUCAGAAGUAUGUUACUCGGCACAAGAAGAAGAAAGAUGAAGAAGCAGAGAAGAAGAAAGAGGCAGAUUCGAAGAGCAAAGUAGUGUAAGGUCUCUCGUUUCAGAGAUUUUCUAGCCUCAAGAUUCCAAUUCUCAAAAGGAAUCUGAGAGCAGAGGGAAGUCAAUGAAUCUUUGGUUUUUCAAAGUCUUGAUUUGGUGGAAAGAGGUCAUACAUUGCAUUCUGUCCAAGUGGGCUUGGUUUGACUAAACCAAGUUAUACCAA